AUGUUCCAACACUAUUGCAAAUCGAAAGAGUACAUUCAGCAGGCUCACCUUGAAGCCGAGCUUCCUGGAUCUCUACUCCAAGACGCUCUGGUCGUUGCAAAUUUCCCCUCGAAGAACCCACGGCUACACAUCAAGAAAUGGAGUAAAGGACAACUUCCGAACCCAUUUGAACACCGCGAUUCGGGUACCAUCGAUCGACUUGACAGAAUUUACAAUCAACUUGCGGGAUAUAUCGAGGACUAUAUCACAAAGGCCACAUCGAUCUAUCCGCCUCGCGCUUAUAUGUGUAUUCCAUGCCCUUGCUCCAAUGUCGGCCAGCUGCAGUUUAGAGGCCAACCCACUGGGAUCGAUAUACUCAGGGUAGAUACGCUCACAGACCUUGAAAGAAAUCGCCUGUUUCGAGCAUUUUUCAGAUAUGAGCUGGUUUCCAAAAUACAGUAUGUCGAAGACUCGACGGAGCUCGAGCACAUUGACGAGCUAGCUGCCCCAACUGUUCGCAACUUCAGCCACGGCGCGGCCGAAGCAUUUCGAUGCGUUCUCUAUUAUAUGAGAGAUCUGUAUGGCGCUGUUUUCGCUCAUUAUGUCGAUUCUCGACUUCCCGACAUACCGGCCGAAACACCCGCGUAG